UUUUUUUUUUUUGUUUUUUUUUAGCUAUAAUAAACUAAUAUACGGUUUACCUAUCGUGAAAUUAGUAUUGAUUAUUAGUAUAAUUACUCGCCUGCCAGUAGCUGUCUCGUGGUCUAUACAGCCUUCUAAUAUAUACGGGUGGGCAUAUUAAUUCUGCUGCCAUCGAGCAUUGCGCCGACAGCGAAUUAACCUGCAGGAUGAAUAAGCUCUGGGGAGGGUCCAGCAGGCGGGACAAUAGUCCGCGGGGUUCGCUGGACCAGGACCGAGACAAUGCGCCGAGUGAGCACACUCGUUUACUGCCGAAUCGAGUCGACAGCGCAAGUUACCUAAGUCCGGAUGAUCCAGCGGUUUCGCCGUAUAAUCUAUGGAGCGUGCGGAUUGUCAGGUAUCUCACCAUCCUCUUCACGAUUCUCACCCUCGCAUGGUGGAUAAUCCUUCUCGUAUCGGUCUUUGCCACGCCUCCGGGAUUUCAUACGCGAGGCUCCGGCUACUUCCCUUUCAGCUAUGCCAGCUUGGCGCUCUCCAACUUGGCCUUCACUCUCAUAUUCUUCGCUAUCCCCUCGAAGCCGGUUCGAGUAUUAAGCAUAAUAUUGGGGAUAUUGCUCUUAGUUGAUACCAUCUUGCUGAUGGCAAUAGAAAAGACGAGGCAUGAAGAGGGUUGGGUAGGAAUGGUUAGCGUCCUAUGGGCAUUUCUCAUGGCUCUCUGGACUUUGCUUACCGAUCGCCUGGUCGAAUGGGGUAAAGUUGAAGAGGAAGAGCGGCUGACUGGCAGAGCCGAGACACGCCGCACUUUGGCCGAGUGGACCGCUGUUCUAGUGUCUACCAUCUCCAUGGUUAUACUUGUUAUUGUCGCCCUACUAAUAACUUGUACUCUGAUCCUUCGAGGUCUCGACGCUGGGCUAGCACCUCCAGGGGGGAUGUUUUGGGUCGAUGGGGAGAAAUACAUGUUGCACGUGUAUUGCCAUGGAAAUAAAACGGAUUCAGAGGGAACUAAGUUACCUACCGUGCUACUAGAGGGAGGUGAAAGCCCGGUCGAACACGGUUUAUGGCAGUUUGCAGAGGAUGCAGUCAACAACGGCUCGAUUAGUCGGUAUUGUUUCGUUGACCGACCCGGACUUGCUUGGAGCGAUACCGCACCGUCACCUCUAUCCGCCGGAAUGGCCGUCGAGGCUGUCAGCGAAGCUCUCGUUAGAGCUGGAGAAGAUGGACCUUGGGUUCUUGCAAGUGCUGGCAUUGGUUCCGUCUAUUCACGGAUUUUCUCUGCUCGACACGGUGACCAAAUAAAGGGGCUUCUUUUCAUCGAUCCGCUUCAUGAAGAUGAUCUCGCAAGCGUCGGUUCACCCAGUCGAGGAUUUGUGCUCUGGAUUAGGGGUAUCAUCUCACCUCUUGGUCUUGACCGUAUUCCGGGUGCUCUCUUCAAGGGCCGAACCAAAGAAGACCGCGUAUGGGGUCAAUCCGCACAUCAAACGGGGAAAUAUCUGUUCGCAAAGCUGCAAGAAAAUAUGGUAGCCGAUACGUUAUCGAAACGUGAUUUAGCAACCAGCACGGUAAUUCAGAACCCGGAUACUCCAUUAAGUCUUAUUAGCUCCGGCGAGAAAAUACGGAGAGACAGCGGAUGGGAAGAUAAGCAGAGGGACCUGAGCCAUGUCACAGACAAUUUGAAGCACUGGGAUAUUGUCAACAAGGCACCGCACCGAGUUUGGGAUACGCGGGAAGGUCGCGUUGUUAUCGAAAAAAGGCUGAAGGGGUUGGUAUACUCUGCAUAAUUUGACGUGAGAGGAAGCCGAGAUUGCUGUUUUUUGAGUUUAUAUUUUGAGAGAGCGUAGCGUAGGCCCUUGGGGUGAAGGUAUAUCUGGCCGGCAUAUUGUAUGACUUUGGAGGAUAGGCUUAACUAUAGGGAUAAGGGCUUCAUAGUUGGAUUUUGGUACGAAAUAAUUUAAAUGUACCAUUAAGUAUAUAGUAUAAAGUAUACGUCUUAAUAAUAUUUAUAAGUUUUGCUGGUUCACAACUAACCUUGUUAUAAUAUUGUGAGAAGGGAGAUGAGUGUUUGAG